AUGCAGAGCAACAGCAGCUCUUCAGCACCCAUGGGUGCUCUGAGCGUGUGCGGAGGGGAGGAGGACGAGCGGGAACUCUCCAAACUGCUCCACCCCGGCGGGGCGGCGUCCAACCUGGCCGCCUUGAACCUGUCCCUCAACUGCUGGCUGCACAUCUUGUCCAAGGAGUCCUCUGUGGACCUGCAUGGAGACAAUGCCAACAUGGCGGUACGAGUCCUCAUGGCCUUGGUCUACCUGGUGAUGUGUGUCCUCGGUCUGGUGGGCAACCUCCUGGCGCUCUCCCUGCUCCGCCUCCGCCGCCGCGGCCAGCGCCACUCCUCCGUGGACUUUUUGGUGAUGAGCCUGGCGCUCACCGACCUCCAGUUCGUCCUCACCCUGCCCUUCUGGGCGGUGGACACGGCGCUGGACUUCCGCUGGCCCUUCGGCAGGGCCAUGUGCAAGAUGGUGAGCUCGGUCAGCACCAUGAACAUGUACGCCAGCGUCUUCUUCCUCACCGCCAUGAGCGUCACCCGCUACCACUCGCUGGUCACCUCCCUGAAGGCGGCCAGUCCCAGGACGGCGGCCGCUCGGGCCAGGUGGGCCAGCGUGGCCAUUUGGGUGGUGUCACUGGUGGCCACACUGCCCCACUCCAUCUACUCCACCACAGUGCAGGUGUCUGCCGAUGACGAGCUCUGCCUCGUCAGGUUCUCCGAAUCCGAUUCUGGUCGCUGGGAUCCCCAAGUUCUCCUCGGACUCUACCAAAUGCAAAAAGUGCUCCUGGGAUUUGUGGUUCCUUUGAUCAUCAUCAGCGUGUGCUACCUCCUCCUCCUGAGGUUCAUCCUGAGCCGGCGAGUGGUGGGUAGCACGAUGGGCGGGGCUGCCGCAGAGAGGUCCGAAGGCGAGCGAGGACGCCACCGCCGCCGCUCCAAAGUCACUCGCUCCGUCACCAUCGUGGUUUUGUCCUUCUUCCUGUGCUGGCUGCCCAACCAGGCCCUGACUUUGUGGGGGGUGCUGAUCAAGUUUGACCUGGUGCCCUUCAGCAAAGCUUUUUACAACGCCCAGGCCUACGCCUUCCCCCUGACCGUGUGCCUGGCGCAGGCCAACAGCUGCCUCAACCCGGUCCUCUACUGCCUCAUCCGCCAGGAGUACCGCACCGGACUCAAGGAGCUCCUUCUGCGGGUUUCUCGCUCCGUCCAGAACCUUUUCGCACACGCCCAGAGGGGGCGGAGAGUGGAGGUAGCCCCGCCCACUUUGGGGACGACACACAAAGACGACGCGUGACUUCAGCCAUAUUGGUUUUACUCGGAUCUGGGUGGUACUUCAAGUGCAGUGGAACCUCCAACAAUGAACAUCUCUGUUCAAAGAUGCUGAAGUUGUCCUUUCAAAACACGUUGCAUGCAGUCGUACCUCAACUUAUGAACUUAAUCGGUUCUGUGACCAAGCUCUUAACUCAAAACACUUGUAUCUCAAAUCAACGUCUUCCUUUGGAAUAGAGUUUCCCCGCCGCCCUCCCAAGUAGCAACAUUUUAACGUGACUUUUCUCUCAAAUAAACAACACGGUAGAAAAACAAGAAAAACCACUUCAGAAAAAACGUGGCUUUCCAAGAUUAGAAUACAGUAGCGUAGUAGGCCUAAGUAUUCAUUAGAAACAAGGCAGAGGUUUUAUUUAAUAUAUUGAAUUUGUUGGUGUCUAUCACUUCACACACAGAUUGAACAGUAACACUGUGUUUAUUUGGCAUACCACUAGAGCAUGGGUGUCAAACUCUGGCCCGCGGGCCAAAUUUGGCCCGCCGUGUAAUUUCACUUGGCCCUUGAGGUGAUAUCAAAUUAACACUAGAGCUGGCCCGCCGAUUAUAUUCAGCGGCGGUGCUGUGGUAACACCGCAUUCACCGCUAAUUCUCAUACUUGCCAACCCUCCCGGGAGUCUUCCAAACUUCAGCGCCCCUCCCGAAAAUCGUCACGUCUGCUUUUCAGCCAGUCUAACGAGUGCUGGCCC